CCUUACUUUCCUUUCACACUGAUUCUUCCCUCUCCCACCUUUCUCUCUCAUCUCCAUCUCCCCCAACGCUUGAUCUGCGAAUCGUCUCUAUCUCGUUUCUGAUUUUGUCUUUCUUUUCUCACCAAUUCAGAAACCCUACACUCAACCAUCUUUCAAAGUUCCAAACUUUUUUCAUUUUCUGUUAAUUUUUUCCCGGGAAAUUUUCUCUGUCCUGAUCAUUUCUUGUUAGUAUGAUCCUUGUCUGAUCAUUCCCGGGAAAUUCUGUUUUUAAUUUCUUCUCUUUACAGACCCGAGUAAACCCUAGAAUAGAAUCCUCCGCCUUCCAAUUCGAUCUGCUCUGUUUCUUAAGCUCUAAGCAUCCAGAAUUUACGUUUCUAGGGUUUACUUGGUCAAGUUUUAGUCAAUCAUUUAGUUAGAAUCGGUUCUUGUCAAUACCUUUUGCUUCCCUGUGAAGAAAAAAGUUCCAGACUUUGUCUCUUUUCUAUAUCAUGGCGUAUCACUCUGUUCCAGGCUCUGCGUUUCAUUACUUGAAUUCUCCUUUUGGUGAUACAACGUUUACCAAGGUCUUUGUUGGUGGCCUUGCUUGGGAGACUCAAAGCGACACUCUUCGUCGGCAUUUCGAACCGUAUGGUGAGAUCCUUGAGGCGGUUGUUAUUACUGAUAAGAACACUGGUCGAUCCAAAGGUUACGGCUUUGUGACUUUUCGAGAUCAAGAGGCAGCUAGGAGAGCUUGUGUCGAUCCAACACCUAUUAUAGAUGGCAGACGUGCGAAUUGUAAUCUUGCUUCUCUUGGGAGGCCUCGGUUUCCAAUGCAAUAUGCGAUGAUACCCAAUGUUCCUGGACGAAUAGGACCUGUUUCCCCAUAUGUUGGAAGUGUGCAGGGUCCUCGCGGUUCACUUUUUGGAAGGCAUCCGUAUCAGCAACCACCUGCUUAUAGCUACCAGCAUGGAGUAAUGUACCCUUAUGGGGUUACAACAUAUGGACCUGAGCAGAUGUACUCACACUCUCGGGGCUUAUAUGGUCCUUACACGGGGCAACAGUACCUUCAAAUUUAUGGGGCAGUUAAUUCACCAGGUUACCAAUACGGGCAACUGAGUCAAAACAUCCCGGUUGGUCAUGGUUAUACAGCAGUACAGGGCUAUUCAGUUCCAGAAAGUCAUAUUCAAUCUCCUUACCCUUCAGCUAUAGCAGGUCCUCCUACGCCAACGCAGUCCCAUAUGAUUGUCCAGACUCCUCAGUAUAUGCAGAGUAGCAGUUCUGACCAAACAACAGGGUGA